UUUAGUUAUAUUUUAAGGAUUCUCUGGUGGAAACUAAUUCCCCAGAACCUACUCUUCAUGUUUUAUUUCAUGGAUAUAUCAAGGUUUUUUUUGAUACUUUAAGCAGGUAAACAUCACGGGAAGCAAGUGUUGUAAACUAUCUACAAAUUAUUAAGCAAUAGCUUAGUCUAGCGUAAUGAGUGUGAUGUAUUGAAAUUAAUGUUGUGUUGCUGAUCAGCUGAUAAGGUGAGCAAUGGCAACAAAAGUUACAGCUAAUCCUGAUCUUGAUAUAUUUAAAGAAGAAAAAGAAGGAAAGUUACGAGAAGUUGGAAAUCAAGCAGUAUGGUCCCUGUCUUCAUGUAAACCAGGUUUUGGAGUUGACCAGCUAAGGGAGGAUUCUCCGGACACUUACUGGCAAUCAGAUGGUCCACAGCCACACCUAGUUAACAUACAGUUCAGAAAGAAAACUACCAUUCAUGAUAUCUGCAUCUAUACUGAUUAUAAAGCUGAUGAAAGCUAUACUCCAAACAGAAUCUCAAUUAGGGCUGGUACCCAUUUCAAUGAUUUGGUGGAGGUUGAACAGAUAGAGAUGUCAGAACCAGUAGGAUGGGUGUGUGUACCAAUGAAAGAUGUCAAUGAAAAACCAAUAAGGACAUUUAUGAUUCAAAUAGCUAUUUUGUCAAAUCACCAGAAUGGACGAGAUACUCAUUUACGGAGAAUUAAAGUACGAGCUCCUGUACAAGACAUUUCAUCAGCAAAAAUCCCUAAAUUUACUAGUCCUGAACUUUUGCAGUAUGCUUAUAUUAGAUAGCAUAGGUCGAAAUUUAAUAUUUGUAAUUAUUCGAUUUCAAGCGUAAAAAAGAAAAAAAAAAUCAAUGAAAUAA